UCUAGCGUGGCGGAUGCGUGCGGUUUGGGUUGGGCGCUGGCUCCAGACGGCGUACGCUUUGCUAGGGGACAUCCCACGCCGCUCGGCCUCCCGGGGAGCCCCCCGCCGGCGCAGGACGCAGAAGGACUGCAGAGCUGGGUGGGAAGAGGAGAAGAGCACAGACCGGGUGAAGUGGAGACAGCUCGAGCACAGAGGCCCAUACUUUGCCCCUGCAUAUGAGCCCCUUCCGGACGGAGUUCGUUUCUUCUAUGACGGAAAGCCUGUGAAAUUGAGCAUGGCAGCUGAAGAGGUUGCCACUUUUUAUGCGAAAAUGUUGGAUCAUGAAUAUACAACAAAGGAAGUUUUCCAAAAUAACUUCUUCAGCGACUGGCGAAAGGAAAUGACAGUAGAAGAGAGAAAAGUCAUCAAGCACCUAGACAAGUGUGACUUCACGGAGAUGCACAGAUACUUUGUGGACAAAGCUGCAGCCCCGAAAGCCCUGCCCAGGGAGGAGAAGCAGAAGCUAAAAGAAGAAAAAGAAAAACUUCGGCAAGAGUUUGGCUACUGUUUUUUAGAUGGUCACCGAGAAAAAAUAGGCAAUUUCAAGACAGAGCCACCCGGGUUGUUCCAGGGCCGUGGUGACCACCCCAAGAUGGGGAUGGUGAAGAGGAGAAUCCUGCCGGAGGACGUGGUCAUCAACUGCAGCAGGGACUCAAAGAUUCCUGAGCCACCGGCGGGUCACCAGUGGAAGGAGGUACGGUCGGACAACACUGUCAUGUGGCUGGCCUCCUGGAAAGAAAACAUCCAGAGCUCCAUCAAGUACAUCAUGCUGAACCCGAGCUCGAAGCUGAAGAGGGAGAAAGAUUGGCAAAAGUAUGAAAUAGCUCGACGCUUGAAAGGGGUUGUAGAUGAGAUCCGUUUUCAGUAUCGGGCAGAUUGGAAAUCACAAGAAAUGAAGCGAAGACAAUGUGCGGUGGCCCUUUACCUCAUCGAUAAGCUGGCGCUGAGAGCAGGGAAUGAGAAGGAGGAAGGGGAGGCAGCUGACACCGUGGGCUGCUGCUCCCUCCGAGUGGAACACAUCCGGCUGCACCCAGAGGCUGAUGGCCAGGAGCACGUUGUGGAGUUCGACUUCCUGGGAAAGGACUCGAUCCGCUACUGUAACAGAGUGCCGGUGGAGAAGCCUGUGUACAAGAACUUACAGCUGUUUAUGGAAAACAAAGAGCCUGGGGACGACCUCUUCGACAGACUGACUGUGAGCUGUUUGAAUUUCCCCAGCGCUUGGUGGUGGCAGGAUCCAGGGAGAGAGCGUGAGCACCCCGAGUCUAGCUCGACGGCCAGCCUGAACAAGCAUCUUCAGGACCUGAUGGGAGGGCUGACGGCCAAGGUGUUCCGGACCUACAACGCCUCUGUCACCCUGCAGGAGCAGCUGCGGGUGCUGACACGCGCUGAAGACAGCAUAGCAGCCAAGAUCUUAUCUUACAACCGCGCCAACCGAGCCGUGGCCAUUCUCUGCAACCAUCAGCGAGCAACUCCCAAGGCCUUCGAGAAGUCGAUGCAGAAUCUCCAAACAAAGAUCAAGGUGAAGAAGGAGCAGGUGGUUGAGGCCAGGGUGGAGCUGAAGAGGGCGAAGGCUGACCACGAGACCCAGGGGGAUGGCAAGUCCAGGAGUUUCCUGGAGAAGAAGAGGCGGGUUCUGGAGAAGCUGCAGGACCAGCUGGCAAGGCUGAGCGCACAGGCCACAGACAAGGAGGAGAACAAACAGGUGGCCUUGGGCACAUCCAAGCUCAACUACCUGGACCCUCGGAUCAGCAUCGCCUGGUGUAAGAGGUUCGGGGUGCCCGUGGAGAAGAUCUACAACAAAACACAGAGGGAGAAGUUCGCCUGGGCGCUUGGCAUGGCAGGCGAAGACUUUGAAUUCUAAUAGCUCUGUGUCUCCAUUGAAACUUUCAUAGUUUUUUCACUAUUAAAGCAAUAUUGGGAAAUUUUGUACAAU